AUGCUGGCCGAAGAAUCAGGUGGCGUAGUGAGACUUGCUCGCGAAACCAUAUUGGGCUCAAAAGCUCCAGAUGAUCUAGUCCGUCAUGUAAAAGCAGAGUUUUUUAUACACGAGCUCGAUUACAACAAUCAGCCAAAGCUUAUUAAGGGUAAAUAUGAGUGCUCAGGAUACCUUUCAUGCCGAAUGAGAGCCCAUACUACCAGGCCUUCCCUAUGA